AUGACGGAAGAGACAGGGAAGCGCCGGAGCUCUGCGCGAGAGCGAGAGAGAGCGGAGGCGCUUGUCGAUGACUCAGGGGACGUUGUCGAGAUAGGCGACGUGCUGCGGUGUCUCGACGCCCCGACAGUGGACUUGGUGCACCAGAGCUUGGCUGCUGGCGCGGGGGAGGCGCUCUCUCCCCUCGUGACUGAGAAAGCGACAUCGUUUCCACACGAGACUGACGGGCGCGGCCUCGCUGCGGGGCCUUCCCGACCGACACUAAAAUCCGACGCCCUGAAUGUUGCGGAGUACGUACACCGCGUUGUGGGCAGAGGCGACGAGGCGGGGGGCGGUGAGCACGUGGCCGCAGCGGUCCGUAAGCUGGAUGUCGCCCUCGGGAGACUCGAUGAGGAAAUGAAGAAAGCAGCUGCACUCUCGCGUGACAAACGCGGGUCUGGGAAGAAAGGAGAGAGCGCCGGGGGGCGAAGGCGCGACGACCGCACGGGGAACGACGGGCGCCCGAGGCCAACGGCCGAUGUCCCUGCGUUGAGUGCUUUCCUGAUGCUUCUCGGAAGCGAAGGCGAAGAGCGCGGAGAGAGCGAGAAAGAAGAAGAAGCACUGCAGGCCUUGCUCCACGACUCGGGCGACGAGAAGGGACGAACGGGGAGGAAAGAGGGAGACAGCGAGGCGGGACUUGGAAGCGCAGACGGACGGCUUGGAGCUGUGCUCGUCGAACAAGCGAAACAACAAAUCCAGGAUCUCUAUGGAGAAACGAAAAACCUGCAAACGGAUGUCGACCGUCUGUACCAAGGAGUGGAAGGAGAAAUCCGUGUCGCUUCUCGGCUGCUGCUGCUCCAGGAGGUUGUGUGCGCGAUGGUGCACUUUGUUUCGAUCUUCAAACGUCUUCGCAAAGAAGACAAUGCGUCGACAAGAGCGGCGCUCGUCAGCCAACUCCUCGCGCUUCUUCGCGAACCGCAUCGCGUGCCCGCGUCCGGCUGUUCGGCCGCUGUCUGUACACCGCAAGAGCACGAAACCGGGAACCGAGCUCGUAAAGAAGCCCGUUCGCAGGACACAGACGAGGUUCUCGUUCUCGCCGAUCUCCAGAGUCUCGCUCCCUUUGUCUCUCUCGUCAACAAAGAAGCCUGUCAGCUGCGCACCGCGACCAGGCAGCAGUUGCUAGAGGCCGUCGACCAAGGGUCUCCGCUCGCACUGUCCUCCGCGCUGGACGUCUUCUUCCUGCUCGACCAACUCUGGGAGCAAGUCGAGGCUCUCCUGCGGAACCUCGUGUCAAGUGUGUGUGCGCCGAUCUCGAGCGUGCACCUGCAAAAAGAAGCAAACAAAGGCCCACGCGCUCUCGCGGCCUCCGCGCGCCGAGUGGGGAAAGAAAAUCUCCCGAGCCUCUGCCGGGAAAACGAGUUCGAGGCGAGCUUGGCGGAGGCAGUGAGCCGCUUCUUCGAGCGGGUCGAGGACGGCUUAAAGAAGGCGUCGCUCGUGGACCAGGUUCUGGCAGUCGGCGAGGAUCCGCUGACGCGUCAGCCGUACACCGCCUUUCUCGCGUCGAGCGGCUUCUCCUCGACGUUCAGCGAGGAAGUGUGGCGGGCCUCUUCUCUCCACUUCUCCGCCUUUCUACGCGAGCUCGGUGCGUUUGCUUCGCUCCCCCCUGCUCGCCGGUCUUCCCUCGUCGCGGAGACUUCUCGCCGGGAACAGCGGAGACGCCUGGACAGCGUCGCCUCGGCCUUGGCCGAUUCGGGGGCGCAAGACGCCGUGCGGUCCGCCGAGGACGAAGCGAGAAACAGACUGGAAGAAAGCGAAGAGAGGACCGACUUCAGUCGCUUUGUCGCCUCUCUCGGGCCUGCUCAACUCGCCGUGGUGGAAGCCGUGCCUCUCCUUUCUCGUCUUCUUCUCUCUUUCCUUCGCCGCUGCGAAGAAAUUGCCUGCGCCGGUGUCCUCUCGAAGGCACCCAGCGAUGCGCAAACGGGCGCCCUUCGCAGCGCGAUUGCGCCCCUUCGCCAGGUGUACAUUCACCUCUUUGCGGUCCGUCUGGACGGGGUUCUGGCCUCUCUGUUUUCGCCCAGAUGCCUCUCUCAGGCGCGCAUGUUUCUUCGUCGCGUUUCCCCGCCCGUUUCCUUCUCGCGGCUUCUCCCUCCCGCGUCUACAGAUCCGCCGAGAGUCGCGUCUUCGUUCUCAGCCGCUCUUGAGAAGGAAGAGGAAAAAAACCGAGAAGCCUUCGCGCGCCUCCUCCAGUCUGUCGAGCCGUUGUCGCACUUGCCGUCCUCUCCGGAUCUCCUUUCGCUGGUCUCCGCGGCGUUCCGAGAAUUAGAGCGCGUGAACCUCAGCAGCGACGAAGAGAUGUUCACACAGGCUGUGGACGUUGUUGAAGAAGCUUUCGAGACUCUUGUCCUUCUCUGUCUCUGCCAGCUUCACAGAGAUGGGGGUCUGGAGCCGCUUGUUCUUGUCGAUGCUGGCGCGAGACUUCUCCGGCGUCUUCCAGCUGCUUCGCCCGCCCGCAUUCGUGCGACGAAAGUCUUCGCGCUCUUCACUGCCGUCGAGGCGGCGAUGAAAAUUGUCCUCGAACAACAUUCCCACGUUCUUCCGUUUCUCCGAGCGGCGCGCUCAGAAGUGCAGAGGACGCAUCAAGCGUCCGGUGAAGAGGUGCCUGCUGCCGUCGACGGGUUUUGUCUCUCUGAAGAGUCCCUCGAAGAUGCCGAAGAAAGCGACGAGGAGAUUUUCUUGGAGAGCCUGCAAACGCGUCGAAGCCUUCCGUUGCUCCAGUGGCAUACAUUCAGAGAGGUUGCGGCUGUCCAGCGGCGACUGCUGGAACCUGUCUUUUCGAGCGUCGAAUCCGCAGCCGUCGCCGGCUGCCUCGGGCGCCUAGUCGAUGAAGUCGCACUCUCGCUCUCUUCUCCAGGCGAAGACAGAGCGGCCGGCAGGACACCCGGAAGCGAAGGACGCGAAACAGGAGGCCUAGACGCAACUGAAGAUGCAGAGCAGCUUGCAGCACUAUCGGAACUCGAGAGACUGCUGUGCCACGCUCAACAACAGUACGUCUGUCUCCUCCCCCCGCCGUCGCUUCUCGCGCCUCUCUCCAGUCUCUCGCUUUCCAUUUUGGAAACGCUGCUGGGCCACGCGUGCGUUUGCGAGGCGCGUGGGGAACGCGAGAGAGCCUACGUGGCGUCAGUCGUCGCGCGCGGCGAAGUUCUCCUCUCUGCUUUCUGGACUGGCUUCCACAAACACGUCCGGGUCGGUUCCGACAUGCUGCGCAACGUCCGGCGCCUUCUCUUUGCCGACUCGCCGUUCCUCCUCCACGAGCUUCUCACAAUUAUGCCUCAACAGGAACCGUUUCUUUCCAGCGAACGCGCGACUCCCUCAUCUCCUUCUUCCUCUUCAUCUUCUUCUUCCUCUUCAGCUUCUUCCUCUUCAUCUCCGUCUUCUUCAUCUCCUUCAUCUCUCGUUGCGACUUCCUUGCCGCCGCUGCUUGUAGCUUGUCACCUGCUGUAUCGCCUCCCUGUCCGGAAGGGCGCGCCUUCUCGCCGACCGCAUGCGCUCCUGGGGCUGUCUGGCGGCGCGCCGGAACUUGCGCGUCUUCUCGCGGCGUAUUUGCGAAGCCAGCGCGGCGAGAAGGAAGAGCGGCCGGAGGAAUCGCGUGGAGAAGCGCGCGUGGCAGCCGAGAGGCUGAGGAGAGAUCUCCACCGUCUGGUGACCCUGGAGACGGGCGGAAAGCCAAGAGACGAAAAGCACAGAGGCGAAAACGAGAGCGAGGGCAAAAGAGAGAGAUGGGCGAGGGGAAGGACGUACGGGGAAAGGGAAGCAGAGAGGAGAGAAGACUUGAAAAUCCUGGUUCAAGUUGCUCGACUCCUCAGCGCUGCACUCGACGGUGGAGCCGGGGGAGAACACACACUGGGUCAGGGAACUGCCGCAAGUCCAGGUGACUCUUCUCGCCUCGAAAAACGGCCGGUCUCAACAGAAAACAUCUCGGCACAAAACGCGUCGCUUCCUCCCGCUUCGUCUUCUUUCUCGUCUUCUGCCUCUUCUUUCUCUUCCUCCUGUUCGCCUGUCCCUGCGUCUCUUCAGCCUGGAGGCGAGGAGAGGGCGUCUCUGUGGCCGCCGGGGGAAGUGGCCCAAGAGCCGGAUGCCGGUUUCUCCGACCGUUCACGGACCAACGCAAAGGACGCGGUGGGCGGUUCCGUUCGCUCCGCGCCUCGCGCAGGCGACGCGCCUUCUCUCCUCUCCAGCCCUUCACGGGAGAUGCUAUCGAAUGGAACCGCAGAGACGCACGGUCCGUGGGGAGAGAGACGGGAGGCGGGGAUGUCUCCGCCGCGCGAGGGACGUGGAGAAGCCCAAGCGCCGCAGUCCCGGCAGGGAGAAGAUCCGAGGCCAGUGCAAGUGCAUGCGCAGGUCGGCGCGUUCGCACGUCCAGACUGGGAAGCGGAAAACGAAAAAAAACCCGAACCUCAGACAAGGGAAGAACAACAUGACAGUGCGCCUUUCUCCCUUCCUCAACCACCCGUCCUGUGA